CCCAGCCUUGUCCUCCCUGCACAGAUGGCCGUCACCUUCCACAACCAGAGAGUCCUGGACAGAGCCCACGCAGACCACGCUCUCUUUCUGAAGGACAAGGACGGCCUGUCCCAGCGCAUGGAUGACUGUCUGAAGGUGGAUCCGAGCGCAAUGGAGCAGCAGUUGGUGGAGAAGCGCAGGUCACUGCUGGGGCGGUGCCGGGAGGAGAUGAAGGAGCCGGAGAAGGAGACCCUGCUGACGGCGCUAGAGGCAGAGCUCACUCGGGAGGCCGAGACCUUCCUGGAGACAUACGGAGGGCGCUAUCAGUGUCACGCCACCAACAAAAGAGUCAUGGACAGAGCCCGCCGAGACCACGCUGACUUUCUGAGGCAGAAGGACGGCCUGUCCCAGCGUAUGAUCGACUGUCUGAUGGUGACACCAGGCGCAAUGGAGGAGCAGUUUGUGGAGCAGCGCAGGUUGCUGCUGAGGCGGUGCCGGAAGGAGAUGAAGGAGCCGGAGAAGAAGACCCUGAUGACGGCACUAAAGGUGAAGCUGACUCGGGAGGCUAAAACCUUCCUGAAGACCUACAGAAGGCGCUAUCGGUGUCACGCCAUCAAGGCAGGCAUCGCUGGUUAUUGGAUGAGCACCGGGCAUCGCAUGAUGUGUCACAUCUAA